AUGGAUAAACUCAAAAGAAGGCUUGUCAAAGGUUAUGGUAGGAAGACUAUCUCACCUAGGUGCUCUUUGAAAAUUGAUAUUCACAAGGCAUUUGAUUCUCUGCAUUGGGGAUUUGUUUUGGUUGUUGUUAAUGCUAUUGGCCUUCCUCCUACUUUCAUCAAGUGGGUUGAAGCUUGUUUCACAGGAGCUCGGUACUCUAUCUCGUUCAAUGGAAGUCUCAUAGGAUAUUUCAAAGGGCCAAAGGCUUACGACAAGGGGAAUAUUGAAUAUGUUGUGGGAAUUAUUAGGGUUUUGGAACACUUUUAUGUUGUUUCUGGCCUUAAAAUCAAUGCACAAAAAUGUGAAUUCUAUAUUGCUGGAAUAUCCCCUAGGCAAAUUGAGGAAAUCAAGCGUAUUACUGGGUUCAAUCAAGGCUAUUUACCAGUUAGAUACUUGGGAGUUCCUCUAGUUUCUAGGAAACUCUCGGACAAAGAUUGUGUUGCUCUCAUCGAUAAUAUCAGGGAACGUCUUCAUCAAUGGUCACGAAGACACUUGAGCUAUGCUGGUAGAUUAGAGCUUAUCAAAACUGUCCUGCUUAGCCUCACAAAUUUUUGGUAUAGGCAGUUAAUCCUACCCCAAUCUGUCCUUCACAGAAUUGAGCAACUAUGUUCAAGGUUCUUUUGGAAAGGUUCGGACAAGGCAACUUCGGGUGCAAGAGUGAACUAG